AUGUCAAGUAGAAUUCCUCAUUCUAUUCAACAGGACUACAAACAAGUCACUCCGGUUGAAACGAAUGGUUUUGUCCACAGCCCCGACCGGUCCAUGGAUCCGGUCCCGGAAAACGAAGACGAUAAUCACGUUGAUGUUGAUGACGCGGUAGAUCAGAAUACUGAGGCCACUUAUCAGACAGACCGCGUCGUGCCGAUUGUGAACUGUCCUGGUCCCGUACAAUCGAUCGUAAAUCGUCAUUCUGUUCACGAAAUCGAGACACCGAAUAGAUUGAAAUUACCAGAGCAUCAGCCAGUCUCGAGCACACCACACGCAGUUCGGGACCAGUGUCUCUCAAUUCAAUUAAAUGUACCACCGCUUCGACGUGCACCACGCUCUGACGAUCCAGCUCAAAGAUCGGCGAAUGGUGUGUCAGGACGUGUGAUACGGUUUGUUUUAGCUAUCACCCCAAAAACGUUAUUCCUCGAUGUCAAUCCCACUCUUCGACCGAUAAAUGUCUCUAUGCCAGAGGAACUUGAAGUGGCUAGUGCUGUCCCACUGGUACCGGAACUACCUCAACCCGCUUCAGUUCGUCUUCGUUGCCACAAUUCCGACACGAAAACUCCCGCCCCCUGUUUGACCACUGCUGCCCAACAUCCAGUACCGGUAACUUCCCCGAAGUCACGUCCAAUAUUCUCACCAAAAGGUAAACGAAAAUUGCGUGACAUUAAGGCCAAGGUCCAUUCUCGUUCCUUGUCGAACAUUAGACAAUUGGACAAAAUCGAUUCGGAUGUGUUGGACCCGCUGAAUCGAACUCUGCUUGGUUCUGAUCGUGGUCUCGGUUCGGGACUGACGGCCUCGGUUCACACGUUACCCACA